AUGUAUUUGGAUGUGUAUAAUAAAAGUAACGGGUUAAACGUAUUGCAACAAGACAACGGGGUAUGAAUAAAACGGUAGUGUAUAAUACAUUUUAGCACGGACACAAAUUAUUUAUAUAUCUGUUAUCGUAAUUACGAUAAGUUGAGUUGUAAUAAAUAAUUAGGCAGCUUAAUCUCCAGCAAAUAAUAAACCUCUUAAAAAUUAAAUUAUUGAAUAAUUUAUUCAAAGUGUCUAUUAUCUUCUCAUAUAUCAUUUAUCAAAGACAGAUGGUACAUGAAAUCACAUAUGUAUGUUAAAAUAUAUAUAAUUCAACAACGAAUGGCGAAAGUGGGGGAUAAAUUGUUCCGCCAUAUUUAGCAACUUGUGACUUUUCCCAGAGAACCUCUAGAGAACAAGUUCGAACCAACAAUUGUACAAUAAACAAACUACUCCAGUUUUAAUAUUUAUUUAUUCAUAUUAUUUUGUAUACAUUUAUAUACAUCCAAUGGUGCAGCGAUGCCCUGAUCUACGUUACAUUACACGUUAGCUGAUGUACAAGAUUUACAGUGUGCCAUUGGAUCUCUUUACUCAUUGCAGCAUCACCUUACACUUUGACAUUAAUCAAAAAUGAGUUUCUUCGGAUUUGGCCAGUCUGCUGGACUGGAAAUAAUUUUGAAUGGAGCAGAUACUAGAAAAACAGCUGAAAUUAAGUCAGAAGAUGGCAAAAAAGAACGUCAUUUACUUUAUUACGAUGGGGAAACAGUAUCAGGAAAGGUCAUAGUUAGUCUUAGAAAAGCAGGCAAAUUGGAGCAUCAGGGUGUUAAAGUAGAAUUUAUUGGACAAAUUGAGCUUUACUAUGAUAGAGGAAAUCAUCAUGAAUUUACAAGUUUAGUUAAAGAAUUAGCAAGACCAGGAGAAUUAACUCAUAACACAGAAUAUACAUUUGAAUUUGCUAAUGUGGAGAAACCCUUUGAAAGUUAUACUGGUUCUAAUGUACGUCUAAGAUAUUUUCUUCGAGUAACAAUUGUGAGAAGAUUGAGUGAUUUGGUUAAAGAAUUGGAGCUUGUGGUUCAUACACUUAGCUCUUAUCCAGAUAUGAAUAAUCCUAUAAAAAUGGAAGUAGGAAUUGAAGAUUGUUUACACAUUGAAUUUGAAUAUAAUAAGAGCAAAUAUCAUUUAAAAGAUGUUAUUGUUGGAAAAAUUUACUUUUUACUAGUCAGAAUAAAAAUAAAACAUAUGGAAAUUGCAAUAAUAAAAAGAGAAACUACAGGUUCUGGUCCUCAUACGUUUACGGAGAACGAAACAAUAGCGAAGUAUGAAAUAAUGGAUGGGGCGCCUGUCAAAGGAGAAUCAAUCCCUAUUAGGGUUUUCUUAGCUGGCUACGAUCUUACUCCAACCAUGCGGGACAUUAACAAAAAAUUUAGUGUUAGGUAUUACUUGAAUCUCGUUCUAAUGGAUGAGGAAGAUCGUCGUUACUUCAAACAACAGGAAAUUACCCUGUGGAGAAAGGGUGAUAAAAGUAGAAAAUCACAAACAGCUUCACCCCACCUGCCGUCUCACCUUGUAUCAUCUGAAACAGGAUUUCCGCAGGGUGCGGCGGUCAAUGGACCACCAUUGAUGCCACCAACCAAUUCAGAAGAGCAAACUGGCAAUAAAGAUAUCUCGGCACCAAUCGAAGGCAUGACCCGAGAAGAAGGUGACGGUGAAGGAGAUAAAGAAGUAAAUCCUGAAAAUCAAUGAACAUAUUCUAGGCUUUUGACAAUUAUCUAUCUCUCUUUUUAUAUAAAAAAUAUAUACAUAUUAUAUAUUUUUUUUGAUUGAAUCAACGGCAACUGCUACAAUGGAAAUAUUGAAGAUAUCAACGUUACGAGAGAUUACAACAUAAUAUUAUUGAAGAUGAAUUUUGUAAAUAUAGUGGACAUGAUGGACAGUAACUCAUAAUCAUCGAUACAAUAGUUAUUAAAGUGUGCACUUUACUCAAUCAUAAAUCUAUAAGCGAAUAUUCAGAAAAAUAGAAAUGAUAAUGAAAAAUAUUAUUAAAAAAAAAUCAUGAAAUGCACUUUUACAAUUUUUCAAUGUACAUAGAUGUAUAUAUGCAGUAAUUACCCGGAUUCAAAGUGUCCUUGGUGAUGAAUUAGUAUUUAAGAUUACUCAAGAGUCUAAUCAAGUCUAUGUAUUUUAAAUUUACUAUAAGUAUGGAAAGGGUCACUUUGUAAUUCGGAUGAUUACAGUGUACAUGGUGUCUAUUUUUUACAGUUGUGAAUAACUUGUGCUCUUGGUAUAAAAAGGUAGCACUUUUUUUUAGUCAUUUGGAUGCAACAUUUAUCAUUAAAUUACAAAAUCAUUUAGUCAAAUUAAAAAUGAAUUUUAUUAUUUUUUCAACUAUCAUUACUUUUUUUAUUCAUGAAUUUUAAUUUAAUCAUGACAAUAAUUGAAAUUUAUUAUUUCAAAGAAAUAUGUAGUGUUUUCAUGUCAAUGAACGUGAGGCAAAUAAGUCAAAAUAAUCAAUUUUGUAGAAAAAAUAAAGAUAAGUGGUUCUAUCAAAUGUAAGACAGAGUAAAAACGUAUAUAAAUUAUUCAUAUAAUUAUUGAGAAUAUGCAAA